AUGCCUAUUGAGUUGAAACAAUCUAUGAAAGCCAUUCCAAUCCUGAGAAGACUUUCCGGCCGUGGUAGCUCGCAACUCUCGACAUAUUUGCCAUCUUCGUCAACCUCGAUGACCGAUCAAGCACAGAGAUGGGUUUUUUUAGCUGGCUUUUUCCAAAGGUUCACCUUUUACUUUUGCCGGAGAGCGGUUAACAAUGCCCUGACUGAUGGUAAGUAUUUGAUACUCAUUUUUAAACUUGUACUUAUAAAAACCAGGAAAUGUUCCAGACUCUCGACGAGACCAGCUUAUGGGCCAUAACGGUCCGACUUCUAAAGUCUUUAACGCGAAUUAUCGGUCUAAAAUUCUCACCACAGAUUCUGGGAACAUCUUUCGGAACGAGGCCCCACGCGAAGAAAGGGCUAAGAUGUUGUGCAUGCGAAAUCAGCGAGAUCCUAUGGCGCCAACGAAACCCUUACCCGCUGAUAUGGAAAGGAUUUAUGACAACAAUGAAGAGAUUCAGGCAUUGCUUUCAUUGAGACAUGCGACGAAGGAACUCUCAGGCGCUGAAAAGGCCGAUAUUAGACGUAAGCUUUCCAGAAGGAAGGAGUCAUUAAAAAAAAAGGAGACGAGAAGACUACGAGAAGCCUUCAUCCAAGAAAGAUCCGCAAACUGGAUUCACUCGCAACUACACCAAGAAGAAGCCACUGUAUCGACAGAAGAGGUUACUACAUCACAAGAAACAAACCCACACGUGAUUCAAAGAGCAUAUCUUGUCGAUUGUUUGUAUUCACAGUCAGCCAGCGAAGGGGAUCCAUUGUUUUUGGCUCUUAAUGCUCUUAUUUUGCAUUGUACUGGGGAUCGAUCUCUUCGCAGCGCGCAGAGAACUGGCAACGGAACGUUUCAGCCAGGAGAUGAUAAACUACUCGCUUCUUCGACGAACAACUCCUCACUUCCAUUGACCUGGAAACAAAUUCAGCUCUAUUUUCCUUCAAGAUCCGAAUCCAGUCUUUGUAACAGAAAACUGAACGAGGGGAAAGGCUUGAAGAGAUGUUCGUUUAAGUGUUGUAAGUUUGAGAAGAGAGGUUGCAAAAGAUAUACUACACAGGAAGAUUUACACCUUUUGAAAUCACGCAGAAACUCAAACAAGCGAUGGGAAGAUAUUGCCUUAGACAUGGUCAAUCGGAACAGGGCUGCUAUACAGAACAGAUACUAUAGCUUGGUUAAAUAUGGAAUGACCAUUGAGACUCUUGAAAGAGAGAUUUACGAUUCACAAAACCCAAACAGUCAUGGCCCACAGGAUGAAUCACAUAUCUCGGAUAUACCCACAAAUCCGAACUCACAAAAAGAACCGAGGGGUAUACGGUUAAAGUCACAAACAGGUACUACUAUGGUAACUUCAGAACUUUCCCUGCAUGAGACGGAGUUCGAUAACACCAACUGCUUUAAUCCAUACUCCACGGACCUAUUUCUAUUCACCGCAAAUACAGCCAUAGAUGGCGUCAAUUGUCAUAUUACCGACGAAUCAGGCCCAGAGUUAGAUAAUUCAGCCACCCCCUUCUCACAAGGAGCCCGGCUUAAUACACUCAACUUUCCCAGUCUACACUCAACUACUCCCACAGCCAUGCAACAUUCCGGUUUUUCCGACGAAUUCACUGCGGACACAGCGAUAGAUCGUCUGGAAUUUGACUCAUCGCCAGAGAGCCUCAGUUAUUCUAACACUACCUCGAUCAUGGACACCCAAGAGAUGCGCAUUAAUACACCACCUGCUACAGACUUAGCCCAGUUUGAGUUUUACUCAUCGCAAGAGCCGGGCCCCGCAGACUCAAGUAUGGUCAAUUACGAGCUAUUUCAAGAAAAUACUGUGUGUCUAUCUAAAUUAGUAGUCAACAACUACCAGGGUUGUAAUGUAAAACUUACAGACGGAUCCAAGUCACUUCCUUCACCAGAUGUUAGGGUUUACUCCUCGCAAGAACCUUUUCUCGUCGCGGCCGGAGGAUUUCGAUGUACUCUUUGCGCUAAAGACGAGUCAGCCUCCCAAUAUGAUGUCCAGAAGAUAUGGGAAAGUAAGACACGCCUCCUUCGCCACCAAAUGCAGGAAUUCCAUACUCCAUACCGUCAAUGGAUAAGAGGGCUGAGGAACAACCAGCCUGAGGGAGUUUGCGAAUUCAAAUGCCCCUAUCCAGACUGUCCUAAGGGAGAGGAGUAUUUGUUUGGAUCCAUCCACGACCUCAUUGCUCACGUAAAGUCAGCCGCUAAAUCCCCCAAAUUGCACAAGUCUAUUAUACACAACUUGGCAAUUCGGGCUGAGGGUUGGUCAGAACCAGAUUUUUUUACUAGCAAAAUGCCGGACGAGCAGAAAAAAAGAGAGGCCGCUAUACGACAUCCCAAAAAUCAAUCAAGAAGCAGGAAUUUCUUAUUGACAGAAGCUUGAAAUAAGCUGGGAAACAAAAGAAAGAUCGGCUCAGAUGACAGGGACUCCAUGGGAGAACCAUCCGCUAAGAAGGCUUGUAUUUGAAUGAUUGGGGGGCAUCUAUACAAAGAAAUUAGCAGAUCAGAGAAACUUAGAAAGGGGAUGGAAUGAAAGGUUAUAGGGUUUGGGCGUUCGUGGUAAUCAUGGAGGCGUUCUUGUUUCAUUUUAUUUUCUGUUAUUCAUUCAAUUCACAUUACCGUUUCGUUGAACCAAUUACAUUAGCC